UAAAGACAUUUCUAGAGUUGGAGGAAAUGGUGACUAAAACCCACGGCAAUAGAGAUUUUGGUGACUUGAAAGCAAUGCCCAAACCAAGGGAUACCGCACCCAAAGUGACUGUCAAUAAUAUAAGUGCCAAAUGGACUGAAGAAAGUCCGAAUCCAACCCUUCAGAAUAUAUCGUUUAGAUUAAAACCGGGAGAUCUGUUAGCAGUGAUCGGACCGGUCGGCGCCGGCAAAAGCUCACUAUUAAUGACAAUAUUAGAAGAGCUGUCGGUGUUUGAAGGGAGCAUUCAAACGGUGGGAUCGAUAAGCUAUGCCUCUCAGGAGCCCUGGAAUUUCAAUAAUAGUGUCCGAAAUAAUAUACUCUUUGGUACCGAAUAUAACGAAUCCCGAUAUAAGCGAGUGGUAGAGGUGUGCGCUUUGAAGAGGGAUUUCCAGAUAUUCCCGUUCGGAGACAAGACAUUAGUCGGUGAGAGAGGGGUAUCGCUAUCGGGGGGACAGAAGGCCCGCAUCACGUUAGCCAGAGCACUGUACCGAAACUCAGACAUCGUAUUAAUGGACGACCCGUUGAGUGCUGUCGACACUAGUGUUGCCGAACAUAUAUUUGAUAAAUGUAUAGUCGACUACUUGUGCAACAAAAUCCUCACACAUCAAAUCCAAUUCAUACGAAAAGCGACACAAAUAUUGGUUUUGAACGACGAGGGAAAGUGUCUGGGAUUGGGAUCCUAUGAUGAGCUCCAGUCCCGGGGCUUAGACUUCAUGACACUCUUGAAAGAUGAGAGCAAAGAGACGACAACACCGGUCACUACAGUCGAGGACAAGAAUUUAGUGCAUUUGGAUAGGGAUUCACUGAUGCGGUCGUUCUCUAUGACUAGUGUUGAGGCCAAAAAGGACCGCAAUCUAACCAAGAGUAGUGCCUCCAUCACUGAUAGUAUUGAUAUGGCUAAUAUGGAUUUCAUGGAUGCGGACGAGUCGGACGAUCCUCACAUCCAAGAGGAACAGCGAGAGUCGGGUUCCAUAGAUAGUCGCGUGUACUGGGAGUACGUGAAAGCCGGCGCCGGACCUCUAUUGGCCAUAUUUGGUAUACUGGCCACCCUAUCGUCGCAAACCAUAUUUCACGGCUCAGACCUAUUCCUAACGGCCUGGACUGACAAAAAUCAAGCACGUGGUCACUCUACCGAUUCGGCCGAACAGCGAAUGGAUGUUUAUAUUUAUUCUGGAUUAAUAGGGCUGCUAUUUGUGACCACGUUCAUUCGGGCCAUCACGUGGUUUGUGAUGUGUAUGCGGGCCUCAGUUAACCUUCACAACAAUAUAUUCAUACGUCUAUUACGGGCCCCGAUAUUCUUCUUUGACAACAACCCCGUCGGUCGCAUAUUGAACCGAUUUGGUAAAGAUCUAGGUGUUAUCGACGAAUUUCUGCCAGCCACAUCUUUCGACUUGAACAUUAUAAUUGGUCAGACAAUCGGCAUAAUAGUGGUGUUGGGUUUAGUCAACCCAUAUCUGGUUAUACCCGCGAUAUUCAUAUUCGCAAUCGUUGGCUGCAUUCGAGCCGUGUAUAUAAAGUCCGCCCGAGAUAUCAAACGUUUUGAGGCGUUGACCAGAAGCCCUGUGUACUCUCACGUGUCUACUACCAUCAGUGGGUUGGCCAGUGUCAGGGCUUAUGGGGUUCAGGAGUCGUUUGAGCGGCAAUUUUACGUGUAUCAAAACGACCACAGCGCCACCUGGUUUACUUUUGUCGGCACAUCCAGGGGUCUCGGGCUGGCCAUCGACUGGUUUUGUGUCGCUUAUAUUAUAAUUAUAUCGUUAGUGUUGAUGAUUUUUCCCGAUGGUAUACCGGGAGGCAGUGCUGGAUUAGCCCUGUCGUCGGCACUGAUGUUGACGGGAGUGACCGCAUGGGGUGUCCGGCAGUCGGCAGAAAUGGAGAGUCAAAUGACUUCAGUCGAGCGCAUCAUUGAGUACUCAAGACUACCACAAGAGGCGGCCCUCACAGCACAUGACAGCCGUAAACCCCCUCCCGAUUGGCCAUCAAAAGGUCGAAUUGAGUUAAAUCAUAUGUACCUAUUUUACGAGGGAUCAGACAAACCGGUUCUCAAGAACUUGAAUUUUAUCAUAAAAAGCGGUGAAAAGAUAGGAAUAGUCGGGCGGACGGGCGCCGGCAAGUCGUCCAUCAUAUCAGCGCUGUUUCGUAUGGUUGAGCCAAAGGGGGAAAUAGUUAUGGACGGCAUUAACACGGGAUCCAUAGGUUUGCAUGACUUGCGUUGUGUGCUGUCAAUCAUACCUCAAGACCCGGUGGUCUUCACGGGAAGUGUG